AUGGACCAUCGUUCGCGCACGGAGAACUCACACACACCCGUACCUCCAAAGCAAUAUUCACUUGAUGUAGACUUUCCACUGGGUAUGGUCGGUUCUCAGGACGACGCUGAAACUGGCGCACCUUUGGUGGAUCGAUACUAUGCCGGUUCUGAACGAGGUGCUUUCAAAACGGCAAGAUCGCCUAUUAGUGUUCUCGCACCUUGCAAA